GGCGGGAAAAGCUGUGGGGGGAAAAGUGUCCUACAUCGUCAAGGUGGGUGGGGAGAACCGCAUCAUCCACCUCAGGCAGAAGAGAGGACUCGUGGCAAAGAACCUGCCAGUCAUCACGUACAGCCGCAGGGGGGCAAGGAGAGUGGAGCAGCCCUAUGUCCCUGAGGACUGCUUCUACCUGGGCUACGUGGAGGGCAGCCCCGGGUCCCGCGUCACGCUGAGCACCUGCUCGGGGCUGAGGGGGAAGCUCGAAUUCGGGAACCUGAGCUACAGCAUCGAACCGGUGCCAGGGUCCCUCACCUUCCAGCACCUUCUCUAUCA